GUGACACACUACACUGACUCCCUUUAGUACUAAACCCUUUUGAUUUCUCUCUCUACAAAGACACCAGUCAACCAAGAGAGCGAGAAUGAAUAGAGGGAAAAUUCAAGAACCCCACCAAUUAAUUACUCCCACUUAAAGAGUUUUCCAACAAAACAACUUGAUCUCUAACCUUUUUCCCAUUUUUCUUUUCCCCUCAUUUGGUGUUUUUCCACUUACUGCUUAGUACUCCUCCUCCUCCUCAAUGUUCAUCGUCAUCAUCAGAAACUAGAAAAUAAACCAAACAAUUCCAUGGAAUUCAUGGACCAAAACCCUAAAAACCAGGGAGGUGCUGCCACCAGCGCCACCUCCUCGGACCGCCACCAUGAACCGCCGCCGUCCUCGCUACAGCUGAUCUCUCCGCCCCACCACCACCACCACCAAAGUCAAACGGAACCCGGUUCUGGGUCCGGUCCAACCCCACCCCAUCCCCAUGCCCUUGGCCCCUUCAUGGGCUCCAUAUCCAUUAAUCCCCAAUCAAGAAACUUAGCUCACUCCUCUUCCUCCUCCUCCUCCACCACCACCGCCGCCGCCGCCGCCAAUAACAACGAUACACAUAAUUCUUCCGCCACCAAAACGGUGGCCAAGAAACCUUCCAAGGACCGCCACACGAAGGUUGAUGGCCGCGGGAGGCGCAUACGCAUGCCGGCCUUGUGUGCCGCCAGGGUUUUCCAGCUCACCAGAGAAUUGGGCCACAAAUCCGACGGCGAAACAAUCGAGUGGCUCCUCCACCAGGCGGAGCCCGCCAUUAUUGCCGCCACCGGCACCGGAACCCUUCCGGCCAAUUUCUCCACUCUCAACGUCUCCCUCCGCAGCAGCAGCACUACAAUCUCAGCCCCGCCGUCCAAAUCCGCGCCGCUCUUCCUCGGCAGCGGGGCCGCCGCAGGCAUGCUGGGGUUCCACCCCCAGCUCGCCGCCACCGCCACCGCCGCCCCUUUCGGCCAGGAUCCAGAUGAGAACAAUUACCUGAAAAAACGCUUCAGAGAAGACGCAAGCGGGUCGACAUCCCCGAAACCAGAUCAAGAGCCCGGAUCCGACCCGAAACCCGGAUCCUCCCAACCUUCCAAUUACAUCCCAGCGCACGCCAUGUGGGCCGUCGCCCCAGCUGCCGCCAACGUCGGGAACGCCUUCUGGAUGCUUCCUGUAACAGGAGGAGCCGCGGCGGCGACGGCGGGGCCCCAAGAAUGGCCGUACAAGGCAUCUUCAAUGCAGAGAAUCGGAGGAUUCGAAUUCUCCAGCGCCAGCCGGUUCAACCCGGUUCAAUUAGGAUCAAUGGUGCUUCAGCAGCAGCAGCAGCAGCAGCAGCAGGCGAUGGGAUUAGGAGUUACAGAAACAAAUAUGGGAAUGUUAGCCUCAAUCAACGCAUACAACAGCAGUAAUAACAGCAGAAUUGAUUUGGGGAUGAAUUUGGAGCACCAUCACCAUCACCACCACCACCACCACGACGGCCAAAGUCAGCCGCAGCACAGCGGCAGCGGCGAGGAAGAAAACCCUAAAGAUUCGCCAUAAUUUCUUGCACGAAAAGGGUUGGUCUGGAUGUUUCUUGAAUUUCAGGCGUUAGGGUUUUCUAGGAUCAAACAAUUCUGGAAAUCCAAGCAAAAAAAUUUGGUUUUUUCUUUUAAUAAUUAAUGAGAUGAUUGAUGAGGAAUGUCCCUAUUGGGGCACUCACUCGCUGUAAAAUCCAAUUCUUGAUAAGUGUGAAGUUGUUGUCAAGUGGUCACUGUGUUCAUUCAAUUCCAAUUGAAAAAACAGAUGAAAAGCUGAUCUGAUCAUCAAAGAUUUAGAUUUUGAUUUUGAUUGA